CUUUGCAAGUUUUCUCCCACACAAGUCCACCUUUCACCCCCCAAAAAGACGCACUUUGGCCGGCUUUCUUUCCAGCGGAACCUUCAGAGCGCCUUCGCGGUCGAGGUGAAGGACUUCCUGAGAGCGAGAUGGACAACAUGUCUCCGUGUCCCACCACCUUCUCUCUCUCCCCGCACAUCUCCUUCCCUCUCUCGCCCAUCUCCUUCCCGCCAUCCCCGACCUCGCUUUCUCCGGCUGCGGCAGAUUCCCCGCAGUCCUCCUCGUCCCCCCUUUCCGCCGCGUCACAUCACCCGGGAUUGGGACCUCCCACGCCGAGUCCUCCAAACAUCUGGGACCAGGAUGACCUGACCUGCCUGAGCUGGCUCCAUCAGAGGGGGAACCUGCUCCCCCUGCAGCCCCUCUCCAAAGGGACCCUGCCCUCGGUUCAGCUGGAGUCGCUGGGCCAGCACCCCGCCUCGUCCAAGCCGCCGUACUCCUUCAGUAGUCUGAUCUUCAUGGCCAUAGAAGACUCGCCAGACAAGAGGCUGCCGGUGAAAGACAUCUACGGGUGGAUCAUGGACCAGUUCCCCUACUACAGGACGGCCAGCGCGGGGUGGAGGAACUCGGUACGCCACAACCUGUCCUUGAGCAAGAGCUUCUGUCGCAUGGAGAGGGACAAAAGUCAGUCGGUGGGGAAGGGAUCUCUGUGGCGUGUGAGUCCGGAGCAUCGGGCGGCGCUCCUGGAGGUGCUCCGGAAGACUCACACUUACCACGGCACCAACAGCAGUCUGAUCAACAAGCCCGCCCUACUGGAAGGUGUGGACUACGGCGUGUCUGUGGUGUGUGACUCCAUGGAGAUGUCAGAUUCCCUUUCCCCCUCCCUCAUGCUGACCCAAACCCUGACCCCUGACAACCCGACCUUCGCCGACCACCCGGAUUUUCCUUUGACCCCGGAUCACGAGGAGCUGGUCGCCAUAGAGCCGGUGGAAUACCAACAGGAGGAGCUGAGCGGGGUGGACUUAGAGAAAGACCCCCUGGGGGACAGCGGCUACAUCGAGUUGCAUUACUACCAGUCUCAAGAGUACGAGUACCUGGUGUUGCCGGACGACACCGAGCUGGACUUGGAGACCGUGGAGAUACUCCAGCUGGACGUGGAGGCCCAGGAAGCUGCUGGGUCCCUCCUGGACUUGGCAGGGGGCGUAUAUUAAUAUCCACGAAUCGGAUAAUUCUCGUAUUUUGCCUCUUAUCUGUGACGAUGGCACUGCCUGGUGAUUUAGAUGUAGUUCCUGAUAAGUCAGCACUUUGUGGACAAAAUAUAGACUUUUUAGAGGAGUAUUCAUAAUUGUCUGUCAUUCUCAGGUGUGGAAGAUGUCCUUCUGACUGACAUAGAACCCAUUUUUCUUCAUAUUGUCCCACUGUCAUGCAAAUGUCAACAACACCCCAAGCAGCCAAAAUAGUGGGAAAAAGAGAUUAUGACGCAAACAUAAGACAUACGUCGUUUUCUUGAUCUUUGAUAGAACUUCAUUUUCAAAAUAUCAUUUCAGCUACUUUUGAAGCAGGGGCGAUCAAAGCGCGGCCAAGGUUUGCGGGCCGUUUUUUUCUAAUUCCCGAAAUAAAACUAAAGCAUUGCGUGUAGCAGAACAUUACAGAGGAUGGGAAAAUAAUUAAAAGGUUAGAGAAAAAUAAAAGGAUAUGGAAAUACCUGAAAGGGGUCAUUUUAUGCCAAACUUUUCUCCCCCGGGUACCUGUUUUUGAGUGUUCGGGAUCCCCGUAAGUCCUGAAAAUGUGAAAUCAAACCUCAAGGCGAUAUUUAUAAAAUAGUCUUGCCUUCUUCUUCAGAACACGCUCCAAACGAGGGACGUUUUUCGUUUUAUGGUAGCCAUUUUGUAGUCCAAAUUUGUAGUCAAUUAGUUCCUACUUUUUCUGUAUAUCCUGUUGUGGGGCAGACUGGCUUGUACAUGCACAUGCAUGCUAAAAUCCUCCACUAGUGCUGUGAAUCUUUGGGCACCACAUGAUUCGAUUGGGUUAAGAAUCGAUUCUCAAUUUAAAAUCAAUACUUGUUAAUAACAUUGGGUGUCAGUUCUAUGAUUAACUACGUUCCUCCAUAAAAUGGAUAAUCAGCUCUGAUCAAUGUUUAUGUUUCUUAAAAGAAAACUGGUUUUGUUUCCCAAACAUUUAAUAAAGUCAAAUACAAAUAAGGCAACAAGAGAAGUAUCCAACACUUCUAUUUUCUAAAGUAAAUGUGUACAGCAGAUAUUGAUUAUCUCCAUCAACUAUAUGAUUUGUCAGAGUGGCUGAAAAAUUUAAAACAACUAAGAAAUUGCAACAUUCAGUGUUUCUGCAGUGAAAAAGAUUUGAACACUUUUUUUUAAUGUGUAACACUUUUAUUCUGUCUGAACAGCUAAUUGUGGCCUCAUUUUAUAGGAUAUAGUUAAAUGACUAAACAACAUCAACAACAACAUACUGUCAUUUCAAAUGAGUUUUGUAUGAACUCUUUAUUUAAGGUUCACUGUAUAUUCAUUUUAGUGAUUUUUAUUCUCGAUUAGUCUCAUUUUGUUUGUGGUCAUUCUGUUUCUUAGUGUCUUUAUAUUCCUGUAAAAUGUGAGAAUCUGGAUAUAAAUGUUUAUUUUGGCAUUGUUUAAUGUCCUACACCAUCAUAACAACACUGCCAUGUCAGGGUCCUCUGAACUGAUCACCUCAAAUCCUACAAAUGUUAUUUUUUGCUUGAUUUUUUAUCUAACACAUUAAAUCUGUA